AGUUUGUCAAAUCUAGUUAAUUGUUGAGUUAAGAAAUAUACAGUUAAUUGUUCAAUUAAUUUAUAUAUAUAUUGAUAAUGAUUAAUUUACCUUUGAUUGUCUAUUGUUUGCUAAUUAUCAUUCAAUUUAAUAAAGUGAUUGGUGAUAAUUCAGUUGAUCCCGAUACAAAUCGUGAUAUUGUUGAAUUGAUUACUUCCAGAGGAUUUGAUUAUGAAGUUCAUUAUGUUACAACGGAAGAUAAUUAUAUCCUUGGUGUUUAUCGUAUAGUUAAUCCGUUUGUCGAUCAGGCCAAACGGAAGCAACUUCGGCCUAUCGUAAUUCAACAUGGAUUCAUUAGUUCAGGAGAAACUUUCUUAAUUAACUCACCUGAUGGAUUUGCUGUUCCAUGUGAUCCAGAUGAUCAAUUUUUAGACCAAUUAACUGAUGACGAUAAUAAUACUCGAACUAACAAUUUAGGCUUCUUAUUGUCCAAUCGUUGUUACGAUGUUUGGCUCGCCAAUUCAAGAGGAAAUCAAUACUCACGAAAUCAUACAACUCUUGAUCCAGAUAAAGAUAAAGAAUUUUGGAACUUUUCUUUCGAUCAAAUGAUACAAUACGAUACACCGAAUUUGAUUGAUUACAUCUUGGAAUUAACUGGACGAGAGAAUCUUGGUUGGAUUGGACAUUCGCAAGGUACUUUGAUCAUGUUCGGACUUUUAUCUGAGAGGCCAAAUUACUCUUUAAAGGUGAAACCAUUUAUCGCUUUAGCACCGGUGGUUUAUGUUGGUAAUAUAUUACCUGCUCUGCGAAUCGCUGCUGCCUUGCCCUUUGUCCUUUAUUCACUUCGUAAAACGGGCGGUGAAUUGGGCGAUGGAAGUUCAAUAUUAUCGAUUACAAGUGAAUUUGUUUGCAAUCGAUGGGAACCAAUUGUUUGUGAGAACUUGAUUUAUCCAUUGAAAGGAUAUUCGCCUGAUCUAUUGAAUACAACUCGAUUGGACGUUUAUCGAGCUCAUUUAUUUUCGGGUUCAACUUCGGUUUGGGAUUUGGUUCAUUUUGGACAAAAUGUCAAUAAGAAAACUUUCAUCAAAUUUGACUAUGGAACAGCUGAGAAUAGAAUUCAUUACAAUGGUCCAACUCCACCCAAAUACAAAGUGUCGCAGAUCAAUUCAACCCAAUUGGCGCUUUUCCAUUCAAAGGCUGAUACCUUAGGCGAUGUUAAAGAUGUCGCUACUUUGAUUAAAGAUUUGAAAGUUCCAUUGUUCCGAGAUUAUGAAAUUGCAAUUCCAACUUGGGAUCAUCAAGAUUUCAUUUAUGCCGAUAAUCUUUACGAAGUGGUUCAUGUUGUUAUUCUUGAUGUACUUCGACAAUCUCAAUUGUUAGAACUAAAUCUAACUGAUAGCAAUAAGAAAAUUAAAUCAAUCUAAAUUGUACAAAGAAAAAUAAAUUUAAUCUAAUUGUAAA